AUGAGUAAUAGAGCCGCUUCGGACCUCGUCGACAACUCAAGCAACGAUUUCAACUGUCAAGGCUCAGGACAGGCGGCCAGCAAGCAGGUGCUUCACGGUGGUCGCGAACGAGCAAUCAUCGAGGCGCUCUGCCAGUUCAAUCCCAUGCAUUCCUUGGGCAAUCCUUAUGUAGGGCUGAUUUACGAUAGUUACGACACGACAAGGAGGAUAGAAAACACAGUGAACAGUAUAUUUCGGAUAACGGUCGCGUUGUUGGUAAUUGUGGUACUGUUGGUGGUCGGCAUCAUAGUAUUCGUCUGUAUUCUCGGUUGCCGAAAAUACCAGAACGAAAGCGGCUCGGCUACACAACAUGCACCGUUGAAAACAUAUCGCGAACAACGAAGGCCAGAGCAUCAGCCACCAGUCACAGAAAAGCUCAUGCGACAUCAUACGCGUAGCGAACCGCAGCCGCCGCCACCACAGCCGCCCUCAUCCUCCUCACAGGCAGAGCCUCAAUCGGCUUCGCCGAUCCACCAACCGCGCAAGUCCGCGCCCAUCGAAAUCUGA